AUGGAUUUUGCCUUCCAAAAUAAGAAAAUAAAACCUUUUACUCCCUCCCUCCUCCUUGAGCGAACAAAAAAAUUUUGUUAACUCACGGAGGUGUUAAUUUGUUUUUCUUCGAAAUUAAAAAAAAAUCUCACUUCUAUAAAAAUUGAAAAGCAAAUAUUAAUUUAAUUUAUAUUUUAAAACGCAAUUUGUUUAAAAUUAAACAGAAUUAGCUCGAGAUUUCAUUAUAUAUUAAUUAUCACUUAUAUAUCAUUUUUUUUUCCCAUAAAAAAUUUUUGUUCACUCACGGAGGGUGGGUUUUUGGACAAAAAUAGGGAUUUUUCUAAUGGUUUUGUUCACUCACGGAGGGGGGGAGUUAGAAGGCUGAAAAAUUCAAAUUACCCACAAAAACGCAGUUUAAUUUCUUUAAAAAUACUUCAAAUACAGAAUGAAAUAUUUUUUAAAAAAAUAAAAAUAAUUUUUUUUAAGCUGCCAAACAUCUCUAAUAUCAACUCCAUCUCUAAGCGUCCUAUAAUAGCAUUUUAG